GAGAGAGGGAGAGAGACUGAAUUAAUCGCGUAACUAAGUUGACAGCUGGGUAGGCUACCUACUUGAGCGCCGUUAACUUUACCUGAGAGGCUCUCCUCCUCCUCCCGAGUACUGUUGUUUAGGACUGGCUGUCUGUGACAAGUGGAUGAGAAUUUAAACGGCACACUGCUCACAUCCAAUAACACCAGACAGAAAAGAAGUUAAUCAUUCACGCAGCCUCUUACUCGGCGCAUAUGUAUUUAUUUAUUUAUCAGUCGCUGUUCCUUCCUUGUUGCAAGGGCACUUUUGCAAGUAUAACCACGAUGGGUCAUAAUGUAAACACGUCUGCAAUCACUAGAGGCCUCUUGUGGCCAUUAAAAGUCAGGAGUUCAACUCGAGUUUUUUUAGGGACUGAGUGGUUCUCGAAGAUUCAAGUCCUCGUACGCGCUCUCAUUAAGUGGCCCUCAUAAACAUCACUCUAAAAUUUCAACGUUUCAUCCAUAUCUUUGUGUGAGUAAAAGCACUAUUAUAAUAUGAACGUGCAUUUCAUGCACAAUGUAUUUUACCCAUAGAUGCAGUUAGAUACGUAAGAUUUUAAACGUUGUGUGGCUCUGUUUAUUUGAAACGAAGCAGCUUACGGCCAUGCAAUAUGAAUUAUGUGCUGGUGUACAGAUGACAGCGUUGAUUUGUAUUGUUGCCUUAGCUGCUGAUGCCCCGCCUCUGACGGUAGCCUUAAACCUGGCACCCAGCUAAAACAAACGAAAGUCAGUCUCGAGCUCCCACUCAAGCCAAUUAAGGCGGACUUCACGCGCCCUCUUACGUGUCUAUCUCGCUGUGUCGACGCUGAAGCAACAGGAACAGAGGAGCUGGCCAAAAAAAGAGAAGAAGAAGAAGAAGAAGAAGAAGAAGAAGAAGAAGAAGAAGAAGAAGAAGAAGAAGAAGGAGGACAGGUUCCUUUGCCUUCUGAUUUCUCCAACACAGAACAAUGUCGAUGAGUCCUAAGCAUACGACUCCUUUUUCUGUGUCCGAUAUCUUAAGUCCUCUUGAGGAGAGCUACAAAAAAGUAAGUAUGGAGGGGAACAGUUUGGGGGCUCCUCUUGCCUCGUACCGGCAACCGCAGGUCACACAGGCUGCGAUGCAACAGCAUCACAUGGGCCACAACGGAGCCGCUGUGCCCGCUGCCUACCACAUGACAGCCACAGGAGUGCCACAGCUGUCCCACACGGCUAUGGGAGGCUACUGCAACGGUAAUCUGGGCAACAUGAGCGACCUGCCGGCUUAUCAGGACGGCAUGAGGGGGAGCACGACAGCCACAAGCUGGUACGGAGCAAACCCUGACCCGCGUUUUUCUACAAUCUCUCGAUUCAUGGGCUCCUCUUCCGGCAUGAACAUGAGCAGCCUUGGCUCAUUGGCAGAUGUGGGUAAAGGCAUGGGAUCCCUGAGCAGCGCGCCGAGGAGAAAGAGACGCGUGCUCUUCUCGCAGGCGCAGGUCUACGAGCUCGAGCGCCGCUUCAAGCAGCAGAAGUACCUCUCGGCUCCGGAAAGGGAGCACCUAGCCAGCAUGAUCCACUUGACCCCGACCCAGGUGAAAAUCUGGUUCCAGAAUCACCGCUACAAAAUGAAAAGGCAGGCCAAAGACAAAGUGUCUCAGCAGCAGAUGCAGCAAGAGAGCGGUUCUUGCCAGCAGCAACAACAAUCUCCGCGGCGGGUAGCUGUGCCCGUGCUGGUGAAAGACGGCAAGCCGUGCCAAGGCGGCGGCCACACUCCUACUAGCGCGGCACAAAACCAUCAUCACCAAGGCGCUAAUGUCAUGCUCAUGACUAACAAUGGCGCAAUGGGCCAGCACCCGAGUCAGCAGGUAGGCAGCGCGGGUCAGUCUCCAGAUUUGGGCCAGCACGGUACCAGUCCCUCUUCUCUCCAGACUCAGGUGACCGGUCUAUCACACCUGAACUCCUCUGGGGCUGACUACGGCACGGCCUUGCCCUGUUCCGCUCUGCUGUAUGGCAGGACGUGGUGACGACCGCGGACGGAUAGACAAUAUCUGUAGGCUAUUUGACCUCAACGACUGCUUGGCCGAGUCAACAGCAACACAAAAAAAUGAAAUACUCUGUAAUCGUUUUGAACAGCCCGGCUUGUUGUUACUUUUUGUCCUCCUCCGUCCGCUCAAAAUCCAGACUGGAAAGGUGGCGGGGGGAAAUGUUGAUCAAUGCAGAAUGAGAAAAAUAGCCUUUUCCCAGUCUUUUAUUAUGAGGAUGUGCGUCCAAAGAUGGCGAAGAAGAUGGAAUUAUUUAUAUAGCUUUUAAGCGGAGACAAUAUAUAAAAAUCACAUCAUCCAGACGGAUGAAAUAAAAAGCCUCAUUUGGCACUUUAAGACGCCGUCUCACAUUUUGACUGCUACAGUACAUUCCUGAUUCUUAUAGAUUGCAAUGUAAGCCGUAGCUUGUACAUUCCUGUAAACGGUUUGGAUUUAAUACAUAGUUUUUAGCGAUAUGUAUAUGUAUAAAAUUUUUUAUCGAUAUUGAGGGUUAUAUGUUAUUUGAGUUCCAUUGGUAUUUGUACGGUUCAUUUCCUUGUAACUUAUAGAUAUUUGACUUAAGCGCAGUCAUACAAUCAUAUUAAUAAAUUAUGAAAAAUGAUACACUUUUUUAUUAGAAUUGGUUGCAAAAAUUAAUACGGUGCCAUCUAACCAAAUUAAAUUUACUUAUUUUUUUUCCCUAAAUUUUUGAUAAAGUUUGUGAAAACUUUUAAUUACACCUAAAUGUAUCAAUGAGAAUAAAAAUAGCUUAUGCUUUCUGCAGCAGCGAUUUGUUUUGUAAUACUCAGGAUUGUGAAGACAAGAACAAAUUUACUGCACUGAUUCGUAUUAAUCUAUAUUUCCAAAUUAGAUCUGAUUUUUUUUUUUUUUAUCUUGAAGUAGAUUUGAUCUGAUAAAAUUUACCGACUCGCGUGAACAUGAAGCAGCCGUGACAAGGUAUAUUUUAGUGUAAUUUACACCACGUGUCGAUUGUAACAGCUUAGAGCCUUCCUCGCAAAAACAAGUAUACAACAUGUAAUCACCUUGAUAUUUAAACAGGUUUGGGGAGAGACAAAGUACAACUUGAAGGAGGCCUAAUAUAAGCUCCUGAUUGACUCAUGGUACAAUUUUAGCAUGUUUUUACUCUACAGUCGGCAGUAAUCACAAUUAACCUUCUUCGAAGGAAAAUAAAUUAUGGCUUAUUCUCGAUAUUGAAUGCAGCCUUCGUAGCUCACAAAACACCCAAUUUCAUAUACGUUAACCUGGAUAUUUAAAACCCCCAGAAAUGUAGUUUGUUGUUUGUAAAGUAAACCAAAAGCUAGGCCUUUGUAAAGUCGGCGCCUUUUUUGAGGUUUCUUUUUGGCGGGUGUGUGAGUCAGUGAAGGUGAUGUGUGCGCACAUCAAACAAACGCUCCCGAAAGCAAGCUUAUCAAUCAGAUCCCUGACCAAACAAACCAGAGUUCACCCAAAGAACCGUGCCACACAAUGGACAGUGAAUUAUCAGAAUAGCCUCUGUCUACGAUGCGUGUGUGAAUCCAAUGCACCGAUUGUUUAGGUAAUGAUAAAGUUUAAAAACAUCAUCAGGGACCAGAGGGUGGUUGUUAAAUGGAGGACCAAAAGAAGUAAAAAGUCUUCCUGUGUACUUUUAUGUUUUAAGGAAUAACUGAAAAGAGUUAAUUAAAACUAUUGGAAACUUAGCCUACUCGUGUGUCCAGUGAACCACAGAAAACAGCUUAGCGAGUCCAGCCCGUAUUGUGCACCACCGACAUUUCAUGUGGUAGUAAAAAAAUUCUAAAGACAGGUGCCUUUGACAGGAACAUCUGAUAAUGCAAGCAGAGUUGCUUACUCUGUCUUGCACACCGAAUGCCCCAUCGUUAAGGACACUUGUUCUAUUUGAAAAAUUAAUCGAGACAAGAAAGCUGUGCUUAAUCAAAACAUAUUUAAACUUUAGUUAAACUCGCUUUGCCUAACCAUCUAUAGAUCAUUUUUUUUAUUCUUAGUUUUACAGUUACAUUUAAACAGUUAUAAUGUUGUUAAAUGUUGUGUUUUUUAUUGUUUAUGUAAUAGCUUAUUUAGUAUAUGCAAAUGCAUUCUGAUUGUGUUCAAUUCUAGAAGGUCUACAUCUUAAAAAUUUGAUCUGAUUAAAGUAGAUGAUAAAUGCUAAUUCCCUCAAAAGUAUGUGUAUUAGAUGUAACCGAAGUGGUUUACGUGUAGUUUACUUUCUGUGCACUCAUUUUGACUGAAUGGUGGCAGGUGUUUGUUCCACCUGGGUGCUUGUUUGUUUACAGAUUAUUCUUGGUUGCAUAUAAAUUGGUUCUAGUUAAUUCCUCCAGCUGUUUUUUUUACAUAGAUUAACCUACCGUUUUAAUCCUUGUACACAAGUUACUGGUAAGAUACUUCCAGGUUUGAGGAAGAAUAUGUGGUUAACAUAAAUACAGUAAUCAGAUUUACACAGUAAUAUUAUUGAAAUUCCUAAAUUCUAAAUGUGUCUAAAUCUAACUCCACAUAUAAUUGUUUUUAUGUUAUUCUACAUUUAUCAGCAGCCCUCAUGAAGAUUUAUGAUGGACAGAUAUGAUGGUCCAGCUACUUGUGUUGCGGGUCGCACUGUUUAAUGAGCCUCUGAUUGUAAUCGCGCACUUCUUUUGGAUGAUGAGUCGUUAAAUCAGCGACUGUCUUUAUAUCAUCAGUUCAUUGUAAAAGUUUAAGUCUAAAAUUAUUUUGCCAUAGCCAUUCAUUGAGAUACGUUUACUUAAUUAUCGGUAACGUCCACCUGCUAUUGCUUGAGUUACUGUGAGCUACAAAGUGCACUACCAAAAUUAGAGAUUCAUAAUCACCGAUGUUGUACAUUUGUGUAAAUUGCAGUUACAGUGCUUAGAUUAGAAAUUUUUCAUCCGAGUCCACGUGCAUUGACGUUAGCUUCAAGAAGCGUUUAAAUUCGGUAUACGGGUUUAUCCAGUUUAUCUCCUUUGGAGACAGGCAAAGGAAAUUCUCAUAUAUUCCACAGCAUGUCACUGAAAACUGACUGGCGCCCAAUUAAAUUGCUCUCUUGAAUCGAGUAGCUAACCAAAUAAUAUAAAACAUAUUCACUUUGACAGAGAGUUCCUUUUUAAUCUCCGUGCAAAUGCAGUACAUUUCCACAGCAAUCGUGAUGCUACAAGAGAUUCUAUUAAGUUCUGUUAGAGACUUUUUUGUUGAAUCCGCCGUGAAAGACUACAGAUUAAAUUUACAUGUCUGAGGCUUGGUGUGUGGUCUUUGUAGGGAGCUUAUGUGAAGCGUGUGUGCUCUCGUCGCUGUCUUUCAGCACAUACGUUGCACAACCACGGACAGAUAUGGACAGUCCUCACCGUAUUAUGAGCAAAGGUCUCGCUUACUGCCAUCAAUUAGACCCUAAUACCCUAAUCCCAGUGUAAUCAUACAAAGCUAGGGUGUGUUGGGGUCUGCGUCUCUGCCUUACUUACAACGACACAAUUUAGGUCAGCGGAAAUAAGACUUUUGGACCGAUUACUCAUCAUUUUAGCAAUUAGAUUACAAUAUUCUCUGAAGUAAUCAGACCACCUACUUGAGAAUUGCGGCUAAAAGAGUUUUUUAUGGUCAGUAAUGGACAAUGUAUUAAACUGGACAUUUUUGGAUAAUGA